GGAGUUUCGAGCUUCGCUACACAAAGGGGCAAACAGUGCGGUGGAAGUCUGCUUUAUUUCAUGGAACACAUCCAAAAUGAUGAGUAAUUUAAAUAAAGAAUCCAACUGCGAGGUGAUUCAUGACAAAAACAAAGUCAUCUUCAAUCUUUGGAAUAUGAGUGCCAGCCAAACUGACAUCUACUUCUGUAAAAUUGAGGCCAUGUAUCCACCUCCUUAUGUCUGCAAUGAGAAGAGCAAUGGGACUGUCAUUCAUGUGAAAGAAGAGACACACAUCGAAAUACAAGAGCCUCAGUCUUCAAUUUCUUUGUGGAUUAUGGUGGCAAUGACUGGGAUCCUUGCUUUGUACAGUGUGCUAAUAACUGCAGGUUUUGUUCACUACUGGCAAAAAUCCAAGAAGAAUAUGUACCAUCAGAAUGACUACAUGAACAUGACUCCUCGGCAUCCACCAUACCAGAAGAAGAAAGGUUACCCAUCCUACGCUCCAACACGAGACUACACUGCAUAUCGGUCCUGGCAACCCUGAUAGUAACCAGCUGCCAAACCAGUAGCCUCAUGUGCUUCUAGGCAGUCACUUGCUCUUGGACAUGGAAGGACAGCCUCUCAUUUUCUCAUAACGUUUGUCAUCACUGAUCAUGGAUACCUACACUGCAGCAAGUAUUGGCUAAGCUUCGAUACAAUGUACUAAAAGAAAAUCAAACAAACACAAGGGGGAAGGAUAGGGGUGGGGUGUGGGUGAGGAGAAGGAGCAAACAAAUUAUGCUCUGUGACAGCUGAAAAUAAGACAGAACUUGUGUUGAGGAUUGUAAGUGGGUAAGACAAAUAGGUGGCAUCAGACCUCAGAUUUGGUCUCCUUCUAACACUUGUGGUAUUGCUCAAUUACUGGUAAAACCAGAACUGACCUUUCCCAGUAACUGCUGCCUUAGAUUUAACCCUUAAUUUCCUUUCCUGUAUGUCCAAUCCUCAGAACCCCCUUUUGCUGUUAAAUAUGGCAAAAUGUAAAAGUAAAUCAUCUUUCCCCCCUACAAGACCAGGGCACAGUUGAAAUUCAAAACACAUGCUUGAAAGAAAGAGUGGAAAGUCAGCCACAGGACAUUUCAGCUAUUAGGCUAUGGUGCAAAUGGGCUGCCAGGACAAGUCAGGCUCGUAGAAAACUAUUACACCAUCAAUAUGUGAGUCCUUAGGUUGGACAUUUUGUAAACAGUCACUCCACAGAGCGAAAAAGUGAGCAACCUGAAGAAAGAAUGAAGACAAGCAAGGCAGGAAGGGAGAUGUGUUACCAUCAUGAAGAAUAUGAUUUCUAGUUUGUUUGCCUCUUGCAGUGAGGGAAUACAAAGUUACAUGGGAAGCAUUAGAAGACACAGAGAUCAGAUUUUGAGAAGAGCUUUACUUUCAUUUUUAAUUUUUGUUCCUAUUCACAAGACAUUCUGCUGAGUCCUCCUGAAAAUUCAUGCACAUCUUCCAGCAACUAGACUGUACCAGAGCACUUCUGAGAAUCAAGGUCCAGUUAUAAGCAACUAAAGAUAAUUUGAUUUUUUUUUCCUGUAAGCACCCAAUUUUUGGGGUGUGAGAGUUCUUCAUUCCCACCAUUUUGAAUUGGACCUGCAAGUGCUCACCCACCUGCAGGGACUGCUCUGAGGACUUCAACAAGCUUUGCAUUGACUGGGGGUUACCUUCCCAUCUAAAGAUGUUCUUCAGAAGUGCUGUGUGCUGGAGUAAGACAUCUUCAGCACAACCUGUUUCACUUUUUUCAGUUAAGCAUGUUUACAUUAACAGGACAUCCUAAAGUGUGAUGGGGGUUGUCUUGAACUAAAAUUCAUUUUCAUACUGAGGAGAUGAUGUUUGAGGUCUAUUUUGUAGGAGCUACUGAAUACACAAUUAAAUGAAAAAUAAAUCCUUAUUCCCACCUUGAAAUAAGAUUGGAA